AUGUUUGAGACAACCGUAUUGGAUUCUGUUCUGGAGGCGCGCUAUAUAUAUGCUACGUUACACCUUCCGCAGUUGGAUGAUUCCUUCCUGACUUCAUUGCAAGAGAUGUCCACAAUCCCGAGAGAAAACAUAUGCUCAAACUGUUUGAAACAAGCUGAUGUGCAUCUUAUAUGUGUUGAAUGUGAUUGCGUACAGCUAUGUGUUGCUUGCUACUGUUACGGUGCUGAGUCUGGAAUACACAAGAAAAAUCAUGGUUAUCGAGUUUCGAGACUAAAUUUGCUGCCACACUCUAUUCUCGAGGGUUGGAGUUCUGAGGAGGAAUUGAAUCUUCUUGAAGCAUUGGAGCAGUAUGGAAUUGGAAAUUGGGAGGAUAUAGCUUUAAAAGUGGGAACUAAAAGCUCUGAAGAAUGCAUGUAUCAUUACUGUAAUCGCUAUUUGGGUGGAGUAUUUGGCCUGGAGUUGCUGAAUGAUAAUAAAUAUCCUUCUCGAAUUACAGAUCACACAAACCACGUAGUGUUAUCUCCUAUGCAACCACCACACUCAUCAUAUAUUGAUAUUGAAGAUCAACAGCUAUUGGGUUACAUGCCAAACCGUGGUGACUUUGAACGAGAUUAUGACAACGAUGCUGAGAGCAUACUAUGUAGAUUACAUCCCAGUUUUUCUCAUGAUGACCUAGAGGACGCUUUAAAAGUAGCACAAGUCAAUAUUUACAUGCAAAGGUUGCGUGAGCGUCAAAGGCGCAAAGAAAUUGCUUGUGAGCAUGGUUUGAUUCCUCAUAUUCUAGCAUUUAUUCUGAACAAACGUGUAAAAAAACGUAUCCCUGUAGUAGAAAAACACAUUAGAAAAGAAUAUAAACCUGCCAGAAGUAAACAUCGUGGACGUCCACCAUCAUUGACAAAUAUAUCACACAACAAAUUAAAUAGUAAAAUAACACCCAUGAAAAAACUAUCCAACCUUAAUGAAUCUUUGAAUAAAAGUUCAUCUAAAAAGCCUUCUCCAAGUAGUUGGCUUGCUGCUCCAUUUAUUGUUCAGUCAUCUGAAUUGAUAAAAGGUGCACCAAUUGUAGUCAAUAUCUCAUCGAAUGUUGUAAAUAAUCAAGUGCUAACCGAUUCCAAAAGUAUAAAUCCAACUAAUAUCUACAAAGUUGAACCAACAAACUCAUUGGAAGAUUUCAAUGGAUUUUAUUUAAAUGAAAAAUUAAAACCAUUUCUAAGAUAUUUCACUGGUAUACAAGGGAAACAUUUUAUGGAGAAUUUGUAUAAAGAAGAAUUAAUUAAACAUGAAAUUAAGUAUUUACUUGAUUUACGAGCUAAAGGAAAAACACAAUUAAUGGGAAAUAGAAUGGAUUUUACUGAAGUAAAUAAAUUUCAUGGUAAUGUACUCAUUGAUUAGUUUUAAAGUAAUUUUUUUGAGUUCCAAUUCUUUGUCCGUUUGAUUUCUUCUUGAAUUCCACAAGUUAUUGUAAGCCUUCAAAGUUGAUACCUUUGGCUGACAGUCUAGUAACAAUUAUAUAUAUAUAUAUAUCAGCAGUGGAAGACUUGUAUUGAACGAGAACUCAGGUGGAGACAACCAGUUUAUUUAAUAGUUGAAUUCAUGAGUCGUUUUAAGCUAGACCACCCUGGAAGCACUGGACGGUUGUUUCAUCCUAGUAUGGGACUCCUCAGCAGUGCAUAUUCACGAUCCCGCAUACGGGACUCGAACACAGGACCUUGGGUGUCGCGCGUGAAUUCUUAACCUCUUGGUUACUGAGUCAGCAUCUAAUCGUGUUAAUGUUUAACUUCAACCAAUCCAUGAUAUUGUGCGACCGUCCAUUAUUGUCUUAAGUGAGUAACUGCAUCACAACUGACACGAUUUGACUCCACUGGUCACAUAUACUCACUAAGUUGGUCUAGUUUAAAUGGACUUAUGAAUUCAACUAUUAAAUGACUACAUUUUCCACAAACCCUUGUUCUGAUAAUAACAAAUUUAUUAUUUAGUGAAAAGUUACAGAGUUCUUUCGUAAAAUGUAAAAACCAUACAUUAAAUACUUCAUUUGCAAAUCUCCCAUCAAUUGUCCUCUACGUCCUUCGUAAUUCUUCCAUUUCUCAGUUGCUUUAUGUGUUCCUUUCUGUUUUCUUCAGUCAAAUCUUCUCAACCUUCUUUUGAUAAGCUUUCAACUUCUGAUUGGUGUUACAUACUACUUAUGUCUGUCCACAUAAAUACUAUACGACGCAAACUGACUACUGACAUUUUUCAACAUGCAUGUCAAGUUUUAGUCUUUUAAUUGUUAUAUUAUCUGAAAUUUUUUACAGAUAUGGAGUAUGCUGCUUAUCGAUAGUAUUGAAUGCAUUGAUAUUUUUUCGAAAGAAAGUCACAUGCAGUCUAAAUGAUUAUAUUUUUUGCUCCUAUGGGAUGUUGAUUCAGUGAAGCCUGUAGAUAGCCGCCAUCCCGUCAUUUCUUUGUAUUUGUUUUUGCAGUUCUGAGCAUAUAUAAAAUUGAAUAUGAUAUGUUUUAUCUGGAGCAAUACUGCUUCUGUUACUAUAAAUAUGAUGCUCUUAACUUUUUAUUAACUUUGUUUACCUUUGCAUGUGGUUCAUUUAUAGUUUAUCCACAUCGGUGGUUGUAUAAUGUUAGCUAUAUUUUCGUUUUUUGAAGAACUUCUAAUACUAACAUGAACUCAUUUAAUACUCUUCUCAUUUAGUUUUCAAAAGACUUACUAUUCUGUGAUAGAUCUUCAUAAAUCCUAAUCUGUAUUAAAAUUUUUGGAGUAUUUGAACUUAUUACCUUAUUUGAAAUAUACUCACUUGGCUGGUUAAAAGUGACUGUAAAUAUGACAUGUACUUUUUAAUAUUGAGAUGCGGCUUAACUUCAUAACACUAGGAAAAAAUUAUGCUUUGUAAUUAUCUUUAAUAAUGAGCCGUCGGAAAUAAUCGGAUAGUUCGUCUAUCUGGUUGAUUAUGUUAGUUAGUUGAAUUCACAAUUCCUCAAUAUGAUCAAUUUUAUUCUAUCUAUCUAAAAUUUUGUUUAUUGAUACCGUAGAUGAUAGACAAUUUUCUCACUGACCACUUAUGUCUGUAAUACCCAUAUAAUAAAGUCCAAUGCAUUCUGACAUAAUCGAGAUCGUAACCUAAUAAUGAUAUAUCCAUUUUUGAUGUUUCGAACACGUUUCACGUAUAGUAUCUCAGAAGCUUUCAAAUUAAACAUUACUUCUUUGAUAUUGAGAAUACAUGAAAUAUACUUUAAAGAUAAUUCAUUUAUAGAAUAAUACUAUGAAUCGAAUGAUAUUUAUAUUGAAUUUAACACAGAAUCAAAUAUGGUUGAAACGAUUCAUCAUUGAUAAUGUUACUAUAGUUUUCUAUAAUGGUUACUCUAUAGGUGAAAUGAAAUCAAUAAAAGCUGAAUAAACUUGACCAAUUAUUUUUGUUUAUUUAUACAAAUAGCCAUUAAUUAAUUAAUUAUUUAUUAAAUAACGUCAAUGUACAAAUAGUUACCUACAUUGUAUUAAUUCAUAAAAUAAAAUUCAUAGUUUUAAUCACAAGUUAUACAUUUUUGUGUUAUUGUAUUUAUUAGGUCAUUAAUUAACGCUAAUACAUCUCUCUGCUUUUUUAUGCAAUAUUAUAAACUAUAUUAUUUCUUAUACAAGUGUAGUAUGCCUGAACACCGAUUACCAC